AUGUACUUAAGUUCUAACAGUAUAUGGAUUAAUGCAGGAGGUGCACUAUUUGAUAAAACUAUUUUGUAUAGAAAUCUUAAGACAGGCAUUGAAAAAUGUUCUAUGUUUAAAGCAUGUCCUUAUGGAGGUCCUAUAGCCAUAUAUUGUAUUGAAAAAGUAAAUAAUAGUUUUAUUUCAUAUAUUGAAAUAAAAGGAAAUAACAAUAAAAUAUAUGGUAAAAUAAAUGUAAGAAAUGUUUUGGGAAUUGAAUGGACACAAUGUCACAAACUUAUUGUUAUUUUUAAAGAUGGAAAAUUUUCUAUAUAUUCUCCACGUGGUAAAGAGAUUGUUGAUCAAAUAUGUUUUGAUAUAUCAGUAAAACAAUUAGGUGUCUUAUCAUAUCAUAUAUUUUAUGGUCCUGUUAAUACAGGUAUAGCUAUCCUUACUGAAGGUCAACAAUUUUUUGCUGUAAAUAAUGUUCUUGAAGCAUCUGUAUGGAAACAUCGUGUAUUUAUAGAUAAUUAUGAAAAUAUUGAAUUUUGGAAUGUUGUUUGCCAUGCUAGUUUACCUACAACUAUUUUUGGUUAUCUUAAAGAUGAUAAUUGUUUUUUUGUUGCUGCACAAGGUUCAAAUAGUUUUAAAAAAAAAUUUGAUUGGUCUAUUGAAAAUGGUGCAUAUAUUACUGGAGAAACAAAUUGGAAUAACACUAUUGUUGGUUUACUUCACGAUACAUUGGUUAUCCAAUUAGUUAGUAAUGAUCUUUCUACUGCUACACAUAUUAUAGAAGUAAAACAGAUGCCAUUGAUAAAAAAAAUAUUUUGGUGUGGAUUUGGUGCACCUUGUCUUUUAGAUUCUGACAAGGUACUUCAUAUAUAUACUUCAAAAGGAGAUGAUAGUACAAUUAUAUUUGAUUCACCAGUUGUUGUAUCAUCAGAAGAAGAUGGUCUUCGAGUUUAUUCUGAAGAAUGUGCUUAUUUUAUUUGUCCAGUAGCUAAGUCUGCUGAAAAUAUUUUUUCAGUUGAAUCACAUCAUCCUGCCUCAACAUUAUAUGUUUUAUCAAAGAAAGAAGAAGAUCAAUAUACAACUUCUUUUGAACUUUUAACAACAAUUAUGUCUUCAUUAGAAGAUGCUGUUCGGGAGUGCCUUCUUGCUGCUUUAAAUAUUUCUGAUACCAAAUUAAUAGUUAAAUUAAUAAAAGCUGCAAAUAUUGGUAGAAUGUGGGAAAGUAAAAUUGAUUCUGAUUAUUUUGCAGCAACACUUAAAACAAUUAAAAUUUUGUCAAGUUUACGUGCUGAUUUUAUAGGGAUGCCUUUAUCAUUUCGUCAAUUUCAAAAAGUAGAGAUUCGUGGAGUAAUUGAUAGAUUAAUAGAUUUAGGUCAUUGGCCUUUAGCAGUAAAAAUUUGUGAAUUCAUGGAGCUUCCAUUAGAGGAAGGUGUUCAUAGAGUUUUUGCUCAUUGGGCAAUUGAUUUUAUAGAAAGGUGUAUGCAUGAAAUUAGAAGUAACAAUAGAAAAUUAACAAAUGAAGAAAUGGCUAAUUUAAUUUUUACAAAAGCUGAAAGAUUUCCUGAUAUAAGUUAUGCUGAAAUAGCAAAAGAAAUUUAUGAUAGAAGUUCAAAAGAUGACAAUGAAAUGAUAAAGUUGGCUGAUAUUCUUUUAGACAAAGAAAAGGAUGUUUCAUUAAAAGUAAAAAUGUACCUUCAAUCUAAACAAUGGAAUAAAGCAAUUUAUCUAGCUGAUAAAAGUCAAAGACCAGAUUUAUAUUAUAUAGUUAUUAAUGCUUUAAAAUCAAUGCCUUAUUCUAAAGUUUUUGUUAUGACGGCAAAAUGUCAAAAUAUUCAUGCUUAUCUUAAAGAAAUUACUGAACAUGAUUCUCCUGAUGACUUGAUAAGUAUCUAUAAAACUAAUGAUGAAUUUGUUCAAUUAGCUUUACAUUAUAUUUCUUAUAAUACUAAAAAUACUAAUAAUCCAUUUGUAGAAAAUACAAAAUUAGAAAAUUUAAAAGCUGCCUUAGAAUCUUUUAAAAAUUUGGAUGAAAAAGAUACAUCUAAUUACUUAAAUGAAUAUAUAAAUAUAUUUGAUACUAUAAAAUCAUAUUCAAAUAAUGAAUAUUCUAGUAAUUUAUCUGUUAAAGAAUUAUUUAAAUUAGCUGUUAAAGAAAAAAACAAUAAAUUAGCUGAAGAGAUAGGAAAAAAAUUUUCAAUAACAGAGAAAGAAGGAUGGACAUGGAAGUUAGAGGCAUAUUCAGAAAAUUGUAUGUGGGAACAUGUUAAAACAAUGGCUUCUCAUCCUAAAAGUCCAAUAGGUUAUUAUCCUUAUCUUGAAAAAUGUUAUAAUAAAGAUCCUGACAGACAAGAUUUACAAUUUUAUAUUAGUAGACUGUCAACAUCAAAAGAAUUAAUUAAAGGUUACAUAUUACUUGGUAGAUAUGAUGAUGCUUUAGAACAAGCUAAAGCAAGAAAAGAUGUUGAUUCUCUUAAUUAUAUGAGAAGAAAAUUCAGAAAUGAUUCUUCUUUUCAGGAGAAAUUAAGACAAGCUUUUGGGAUGACACGACAAUUCUGGAAUGUCUCUUCACAAAUAAAAUUUAGAGGGACUGUUCCUGUUUCUAUUUACAAUUCAAAACGAUCCAAUUUAAAUGUUGCUGUUGCAGAUGUUCCAGGACCUAUGGUUCAUGGGUAUUUGUCAUUUCCAACUGAAGCUAAUUGUGAUGCCGGUCUUCCACAUACAUUAGAACAUUUAGUUUUUAUGGGAAGUAAAGAAUAUCCCUAUAAAGGUAUUCUUGAUAUAAUAGCAAAUAGAUGUCUAGCAUCUGGUACAAAUGCAUGGACAGCUCAAGAUCAUACUUGUUAUACAUUAUCAACAGCAGGAAGUAAUGGUUUUUUUAAAAUUUUACCUGUUUAUAUUGAUCAUGUAUUACGUCCAACAUUAACUAAUAAUCAGUAUUUAACUGAAGUUCAUCAUAUUAAUGGUAGUGGUGAAGAUGCUGGAGUUGUGUAUUCAGAAAUGCAAGAUUAUGAAAGUGACAUGGAUGAUAUUGUUGAUAGGGAAUUAAGAGCUUCAUUAUUUGGUAAAGGACAUCCAUUUUCAGUUAAUACUGGUGGAAGUCUUAAAGCUAUUAGAGAAGAAUGUUCUUAUAAAAGUGUUACUGAUUUUCAUAAAAAGUUUUAUAAUUUAAAAAAUAUGAUAAUUGUUGUUUGUGGAAUGGUUGAUCAUAAAGAUUUAUUAGAAGUCAUUGAAAAAUGUGAAGAAAAAUAUAUAUGUUCUCAUUCUCCAGAAUUUUUUAUAAGACCAUUUUCAAAUGCAAAAAUUCAAGAUAUCAAAGAAAAUCGAGUUAGUGUUGUCAAUUGUCCAUGUGAAGAUGAUUCUAAAGGAAUUGUUGAAAUUGCUUUUCUUGGACCAGCAGUUGAUUCAUAUUAUGAAGUUGAAGCUAUGGAUACAUUAUUUAAUUAUUUCCAUGAUACUGCAAUAUCUCCACUAGAAAAAGAUUUUGUACAAUUAAAGGAUCCCUAUGCAAGUUCUUGUCAUUUUAUGAUGGAUGAAUAUACAAGAAAUGUUAUAAGAUUAAAGUUUAGUGAUGUUCCUGUUAAUAAAAUUAUGAAUGUACAUGAAAGAUUUUUUGACAAAACAGUUGAAGAACAUAAAAAUCCAAAUGUUUUUGAUAUGGAUAGAAUGAAAUCAAUUAUUUCUAAGCAAAUUGAAAAAUUAUAUAUGACAUUAGAAAAAAAUGCUGGAAAAGAGGUUUUACAUAAUGUUAUUGCAUAUCAACUUUAUGGUAAUCGUGAAAGUAACAAAGAUAUAGAAGAACGUUUUAAUGACCAAAUUCAUAAAGAGAAGUUACUUAAUGAACCAGCUGAAUUUUGGGCAGAUUUAGUUAGUAGGUAUUUUAAUAAAAAUUCUAGUGUUUGUGUUAUUGGAAAGCCUGAUGCUAAACUAGUUGAUGAGUGUGCUGAUAAAGAGAAAAACCGUAUUAUGAAACAAAAAGAAAAACUUGGAACUGAUGGAUUAAAAAAGUGUGCUUUAGAACUUGAAAAUGCUAUUGCAUCUAACAGUAAUAAUAAACCUUCCAAAGAUUUAUUAAAUGAAUUUAUUGUAAGGGAUCUUGAAAAUUUCUUUUCAUUUAAUAUUAAUACCGUUAGUAAUUUUGAAAACAAAAAACAAAGUCCAUUUGCUAAAACAUUCCCAAUACCUACAUUUAUCCAUAAUAACCCAUCAAAAUUUGUUGAAGCUGUUGUUCUUAUUGAUACUAAGGGAAUGCCCUUAAAUUUACGAAAAUAUUUAGUACUUUUAAGUGAUAUUAUAUUUUCAUCACCAGCUAUGAUUGAUGGAAAAGAAAUAUCUUUUGAAGAUGUAUCAAAAGCUAUGGAAAAUGAUUUAAUUGAUUGGACAUUAACAACUGGUGUUAAGGGUAUUUAUGAACGAUACCUUGCACUUAAACUAAAAGUUUCUGCUAAAGAUUAUAGAAAUAUUGCUAAGUGGGUAAAUAUUUUAUUAAAAAAUAUUAUUUUUGAAAAAAAUAGAAUAGAAAUUACCGCUUUAAAAUUAGCUAAUCAGGCUCAUGAAUACAAAAGAGAUGGAUACUCUAUGGUUAUGAAUUUGUCAAAUUCCAUGAUAUAUAAUAACGAUGCCAAUGAAUUUUUAUUUAGUGUAGUUCCUUUAGAAAAAUUCCAUAAAGAAAUUGCCAAAAAAAUAAAAAAAGAAAGUAGUCAAAUUACAGAUGAUUUAAAUUCAUUACUUGACUUUUUAUUAAAAUCAACAAUUAAUCUUCAUAUUUUGGCCAAUGAACAUUUAAUUGAAGAGUUUGGAGAAUUCAACAAAAAAGAUUGGGAAUUUUUAGUUGGUUGUAAAAAUAAUGAAUUAAUUUCACAACCAGAAGAUGAAUUAAAUAAAGAUGGAUUUAAUAAACAAACUGUUUUGGGUGUUGGUGGAACUGAAAGUUCAUUUGUUAUUCAAAAAAUAUACUUCUCACAAGAUUUCACUGGUCCUGACAUAGCUGAGAUACUACUUUUCAGUCAAUAUCUCAGUCAACUUGAAGGACCAUUAUGGAACAAAAUUAGAGGAAAAGGUUUAGCCUAUGGAGCAAGUAUUUAUCCUUAUCCAGAUAAACAUACAAUUACUUUAUCUUUGUAUAGAUGUGCUCAGGCUGUUCAAGCUAUUGAAGAAACAAAAAAAUUAAUUUAUUCCAUUAUCGAAAGUCAAGAAAUAGUUGAAAGUGAAUUUGAAGCUGCUAAAAGAAGUCUCGUUUAUGAAAUGAUGGAAGGAGAGAAAAGUAUUAAAGAUGCUUCAAUUGAAAAUCUUCUAUCUACUCUAAAAAAUGUUCCAACAGAUUAUAAAAGAAAAUUAUGCGCUAAAAUUUGGAAUUUAAAAGCUGAUGAAUGUUUUAAGAAAGCAUCUCCAUAUAUAAAAGAGUUAUUUGAUGAAACAAAAAUCAGCAGAGCAAUCAUUGUUAAUCCUUCAAAAAUAAAAAAAAUUACCGAAGCAUAUCCACAAGCUCAAGUAAAGAAAAUUGAAGAUCUUUACCAGUAA